CUCAGAUUCAGCAAUGUCAAAAGCGGUCAAUCCUAAUUUUGUGAAUAGGGAGUACAUUAUUCUGAACGGUUUUUGAAUCGACGGCAAAAAUCAAUAGCUGUAGGCCGCGAAAUAAAGACAUGCACCAGAGGACAUCGACGGCUAGUGGGCGGCCGUCCGGAACCGAUGGCUCCGACUACUCAUUCCGCAUGGUGGUAGACUCUAGGUACCAAAAAGUUGCUAAAGGAAAAUCUCAACUUUUGAAGAUAAUCUUCAUUCAGGCAGUUGUUCAAUUGAUAAUAGCAGCACUCUCAUUUUUUGGUGAAAAAUGUGAUUUCUGCUCUGCUGCAAUAGGCUUCAUCUCUCUUAUAAUUGGAGAAUUAGGUCGAAAGCGUAGCAGAUCAAACUUUUUAAAGUUGUAUGUGUUCGGAUCAUCAAUAGCUGUGCUGUUUCCUGCUACAUGUUUUGCCAUGAGCCAGAAUACUUUGGAGGUUCUUCAAACUUUCAAUAGCUUGCUGCCACCACAUAUUGAAGUCCUGAAGAUUGCUGCUAUUAUACUUGGAUUUUUGGUACAGAUAUUCUCAGUUGCUACAACCGUAUCUCUAAUUUGUAAUAUGGCUCUUCCUAAGAGAGCUUCUUGAUGGCUGGAUGAACUAAAAAUAGUUGAACAUUGAUUAAUUGAGGCAUCUUAUCAAUAUGCCUGGAAGCAGAUAUUUCUCAUACACAGAACUGAUGAGAAUAUAAGAAGGGCAUCUAAUUUUUCACCGAGUUGUAACUUAUAAUCCACUGAAUAAUAAAUUUUGCAGUUUUGCUUUGAACAGUGAACGAUGCUGCUUUAUAUAUCUUAUGUUACAUUGCUCUUUGUCCAUUUAUAUGACUUAUAUUUUGGAUAUGCAAGGUUUGACCUCUCUUCUUACAUGUAGUAUUUGCUACGUUUCCAGUUGC